AUUUCAGAUCACACCUUUUUUCCUUUAUAAUUGUUGAUAACCAUUGUUCAGUAACUUGAGUUACUCUGCUUUAGUCUUCCUUGUCUUAGUUCUCAGACAAGUUAGUAAGAUAGAGCUGGAAGAUAAAGUCACUAGCUAGCUAUACUUCUUGGAAGGAAGCAACAUUAAAUGGCCUCUCCAUCAACUCAAUUCGCGACAACAAGAAGAAUGGGAAUGUAUGAUCCACUGCACCAUAUCAGCACCUGGGAAGACAUACUGGGAGCAGAGAGUAGCGUAAACAUUACAAGCUCUUGUACGAUUUUGCAGGCGGAUACAAGGCUGCUCAACAAGUCAUAUACGUCACAAGAAUCACUAGGAGAAUUAUCCGAUAACCAAGCAGGGAGAACUAAAUGUGACAAGUUACAAAGACGGCUAGCACAGAAUCGUGAAGCUGCUCGUAAGAGUCGUCUGAGGAAGAAGGCAUAUGUCCAGCAACUCGAAACAAGCCGCUUAAAGCUGGCACAACUGGAGCUGGAAAUUGAUAGAACAAAACAGGGUCUGUACACCGGGGGAGCUGGCCAUUCUGGAACUAUCAAUUCAGGGAUUAUUUCAUUUGAGAUAGAGUAUGGGCUCUGGGUUGAACUCCAGGAAAAGAAGAAUUGUCAGCUCAGGAAUGUUUUGCAGGCUCAGAUAAGUGAGAAAGAACUCCGUGUGCACGUCGAGGGUGGUUUAGCUCACUUCAGUGAUCUGUUCCGUAUGAAAGCAGAGGCUGCGAAGGCUGAUGUCUUCCAUGUAAUGCAUGGGAUGUAUAGAUCUCCACUUGAGCGUCUCUUCCUAUGGAUUGGAGGAUUUAAGCCAUCUGAGGUUAUUCAAAUUUUAGUGCCACAGCUCGAGCCAUUGACUGAGCAACAACUUGUAGACGUGUAUAAGCUGCGCCACUCAUGCCAGCAAGCUGAGGAUGCACUGUCACAAGGAAUGGAAAAACUGGUGCAAACUCUAGCUCAAUGUGUAGUACUUGAUAACAUAGCCGGAGGAAGUUACGGUUCUCGGAUGGCCUCUGCAAUGGAGAGGCUGGAAUCUUUAGAGUGCUUCAUGAACCAAGCAGAUCACCUUCGACAGCAAACACUGCAGCAGAUGUCUCGGAUCUUGACCACCAGCCAAGCAGCUCGCGGAUUGCUUGCAUUUGGGGAAUACUUUCAGCGUCUUCGCGCAUUAAGCUCUCUCUGGGCUGUUCAUCCUCAUUUAUAGGUUUUAUUCUCCUACUCCCAUCAUCAUCCCCAACUCAAUCAAGCUGGAAAACAAAGUGUGUGCUAGUGGCGGCUUUUCUAUAUAUAUAGUCGCUUUAUUCUUGCCAUUUUGAACCCUUAGUUGCAUAAGUGUAUGUAGGAUAUUUGAACUUCAGUUUGUACCUGUACAUCUUGGCCACGGACUGCCAGGAAGAGAUCUAUUUUGAGUUCAGAACCCCUCCCCCUUUGAUACUUGCAGCGGGAUAAGAACAGAAUCUUCGUGCUCAAUUGCUCAUAACGGGAUACUAAAUAUGUUUGGUUUGAUUUGUUUUUACGCAAAAACUAUAUAUCAUAAACAAUUGCAUAGCAUUUCUGUAAA